GGUUGUUUUUCAAGAGUGAACUGGUUCCACAGGGAGGAGGAGCCUGAGAACAGGGAAGUGUCAGACUCCAUUUUCACCUGGACGAGCAGAAGGAAGGAAAGUGAGCAGGCCCAAAAACAAACAAAGGGAGAGACAAAUUCUCCCCCAGAGCCUCCACCCACUGAUGCAGUUGUCUAAAUAAACCCUCUAGUGGAGGACAAGUCACCACUAGGUGCUCUAGAGUCUCCCUGACACCACAGAAACCACAUCCCUCCCCAGCGCUCGGGUCCAGAUAAACAUUGAAACUGGUGUGAAAGAUCAUUUCACUGUGUUCUGCUGUAAACUGAGCAAAGAACCAGAAGGAAAUAGACCAGACCUUGAAUAUCUAGAAGAGCAGCGUGGCCUGAACCACAACUGAGCCGCAGCCGGUGCAACAUGGACGAGGACACUUCAGAGCAAGUUGGACCCUCAACCACAAAAGGUCAGGACCACAGACUGAGAGCAGAGUCUCCAGGGUCCAGCUGUCUGUCUCUGAAGAGUGACCGGUCCAUGGCUCCUCCUCCUUUCUUCAGUAAAGAACCUGGACCUUCACACACAGAGGAGAGGAAGAGGAGUCAUGUUUCUGAGGAGGAGCAGUCAUCCUGCUGUGCUUCGUGUCAGGACGUCCUGAAGGAUCCAGUCUCCACCAGCUGUGGACACUGGUUCUGCAGACGGUGCAUCACCUCAUACUGGGACCAGUCUGGUUCUUCAGGAGACUCCUCCUGUCCCCAGUGUGGAAAAAGAUCCAGAACAGGAGCUGGAGGUCAGACAGCCGCAGAUCGUGGUCUGCAGGAGGUUUCAGAUGAACAUAAGCUCAGUGUGAGGAGGAGAUGUGAACAUGUGACUGAAGGAAGUGAUGAAACAGGAAGUAGAACCCUCCUCAACAGGAUCUACACUGAGCUCUACAUCACAGAGGGACAGAGUGAAGAGGUUAAUACUCAACAUGAGGUGAGGCAGCUUGAGACGGCUUCCAAGAUGAAGAUCCUCCACGACACUCCCAUCAAGGUCCACGACAUCUUUAAAGCCUCCACUGACCAGCAGAGCAGCAUCAGAGUCGUCCUGACCAACGGCGUCGCUGGCGUUGGAAAAACCUUCUCGGUGCAGAAGUUCACUCUGGACUGGGCAGAGGGUUUAGAGAACCAGGAUGUGGGUCUGCUGGCUGUGCUUUCGUUCAGGGAGCUGAACCUGGUGAAGGACCAGCAGCACAGUCUUCUCACGCUGCUCCAUGUUUUCCAUCCAGAGUUACAGAAGCUCACGGCAGAGACGCUCGCUGUCUGUAAACCUUUGUUCAUCUUUGACGGCCUGGAUGAAAGCAGACCUUCUCUGGACUUCAACCACAGGGAGCUUGUGUCUGAGGUCACACAGAGGUCAUCAGUCAACGUGCUGCUGACAAACCUCAUCCGGGGGAAUCUGCUUCCCUCGGCUCUCGUCUGGAUAACCUCCAGACCUGCGGCGGCCAAUCAGAUCCCUCCUGCAUGUGUUGACAGGGUCACAGAAGUACGAGGCUUCACUGAGGCCCAGAAGGAGGAGUACUUCAGGAGGAGAUUCAGUGAUGAAGAGCUGUGCAGCAGAAUCAUCUCACACAUCAAGACGUCCAGGAGCCUCCACAUCAUGUGUCAAAUCCCAGUCUUCUGCUGGAUCAGUGCUACAGUUCUGGAGCACAUGUUGACCACAGACCAGAGAGGAGAGCUGCCCAAGACCCUGACUGACCUGUACUCACACUUCCUGCUGGUUCAGACAAAGAGGAAGAACAACAAGUACGGUGAGGGACAUGAGACGACUCCACAGCAGCUGACGGAGGCUGACAGGGACGUUCUCCUGAAGCUGGGGAGGCUGGCACUUAAACAUCUGGAGGAAGGAAACAUCAUGUUCUACCAAGAAGACCUGGAGCAGUGUGGUCUUAAUGUCACAGAGGCCUCGGUGUACUCAGGAGUUUGUACUGAGAUCUUCAGAAGAGAGUGUGUGAUCUUCCAGAAAUCAGUCUACUGCUUUGUUCAUCUGAGCGUUCAGGAGUUUCUGGCUGCAGUCUACAUGUUCCACUGUUACACUGAGAGGAACAGAAGAGAACUCAACAACUUCUUGGGAACAUAUGGGAAAACAGACAGUACCUUCUCCCUGGAGGACCUCCUGAAGAGAACCAUGGAGAAAUCCCUCACCAGUACAAAUGGUCAUCUGGACCUGUUUGUUCGCUUCCUUCACGGCCUCAGUCUGGAGUCCAACCAGAGAGUCUUAGGAGGCCUGCUGGGUCGGACAGAGAACAAUCCAGAGAUCAUCCAGAGAGUCAUCAACAACCUGAAGGAGAUGAAGAGUUAUGACAUUUCUCCUGACAGAAGCAUCAACAUCUUCCACUGUCUGACUGAGAUGAACGACCACUCAGUUCAUCAGCAGAUGAAACAGUUCCUGACUUCAGAGAACAGAUCAAAGGAGAAACUCUCUGAGAUCCACUGCUCAGCUCUGGCCUACAUGCUGCAGAUGUCAGAGGAGGUUCUGGAUGAGUUGGACCUGAAGAAGUUCAACACAUCAAAACAGGGUCGACGGAGACUGAUCCCAGCUGUGAGGAACUGCAAGAAGUUUAUACUCGGUGAUUGUGAACUCUCAGAGACUCACUGGGAAGUCGUGGCCUCAGCUCUGAAGACAGACCCCUCACAUCUGAGAGAACUGGAUCUGAGCUUCAACGAGCUGCAGGAUUCAGGAGUGAAGCUGCUGUGUUCUGGACUGGAGAGUCCAAACUGUCGACUGGAGACUCUGACGUUGAGUCUCUGCAGUCUGUCAGAGAUCAGCUGGUCUUCUCUGGCUUCAGCUCUGAGGUCAAACCCCUCUCAUUUGAGAGAACUGGAUCUGAGACACAACAACCUGCAGGACUCAGGAGUGAAGGAGCUGUGUGGUUUUCUACAGAGUCCAACCUGUCGACUGGAGACUCUGGGGUUGAUUGGCUGCAGACUGUCAGAGAUCAGCUGUUCUUCUCUGGCUUCAGCUCUGAGGUCAAACCCCUCUCAUCUGAGAGAACUGGAUCUGAGUAGAAACAACCUGCAGGACUCAGGAGUGAAGGAGCUUCUUGAUCUACAGCAGAGUUCAACCUGUCGACUGGAGACUCUGAGACCCGGUCGCAGUCAUGGAAAUGCUGACGCACUAUCCCGCCGUGAUGCCUUUUGGUCUUCAUUCAACCUGCCGAGGACGUCAGGUCCGAGGGGAGGGAUGUGUGGCAUCACAAGGGGGCGGGUUGUAGAGGGGCAUUAUGUGCCUCACUCUGGGAGUUGCUACCUCCCCACAAGAUGGCUGCCGGGAGGACUGCAUCUCCCAGAAGGCACUGCUGGGGGAAGUGCCAAGGUCUCCCUCAUUAAAGCCGGAGCUCAGGUGUGCGGGGAGGAGAGGAGAACAAAGGAGUGGAGGCCACCACACAGCAGGGAGCCGGACAAGGAGACCUGGACUAAGAUGUUGUGGAAAGGAACCCCCUGAUAAAGGAGUGGACGGAGGACUUAUAAUUAUACUUUGAGGAACUUGAUGUUUUGCCUCCGGAGAGACUUUUUGUGAACUUAAUAAACCAGAAUUGGUUUGAAA